AAGAGUCGACCAAUUCCCAUUCUUCUUCUUCUUCUUCUUCUUCUUCUUCUUCUUCUUCUUCUUCUUCUUCUUCUAGCAUCCUUUGUAUCAACAAUGGAGGAUGAAAAACAAAGCAUUGUGCUAUUCCCGUUCAUGGGGCAAGGCCAUAUCAUUCCAUUUCUAGCUUUAGCUCUCCAGAUUGAACAAGUAAACACCAACUACGCCAUUUACUUUGUAAACACUCCUUUGAACCUUAAGAAACUCCGAUCUUCUCUUCCCUCAUAUUCUUCCAUUCGUUUUCUUGAAAUCCCUUUCUCAAGCUCCUCCCAUGGCCUCCCACCGGACUCUGAAAACUUCGAUACCCUUCCUUAUCACCUCAUCCUUCGCCUUUAUCAAGCUUCCGCCUCUCUCCAAUUCAAAUCCUCUUUCAAAGAAGCAAUACAAGCUCUCACAGCUCGCUGCCAUGGCCGCCCCCCACUCUGUAUCAUCUCUGACAUCUUUCUUGGUUGGACUGCCAAUGUCGCCAAACAACUCGGCGUCUACCACGCAAUAUUUAGCGGCACUGGUGGUUUUGGCCUCGCUUGCUACGUCUCUCUUUGGCUCAACCUUCCUCAUCGGAACGUCGUCGCCCACGACUUCUCUCUGCCGGAUUUUAAAGAAGGUACCGUUCAGCUCCAUAAGACCCAGUUGCCGACCAACAUCGCGGAAGCUGACGGUGAAGACGAUUGGUCGAUUUUCCAGCGGGAAAAUUUAUCGGCGUGGGUGGACUCACAGAGCUUGCUUUUCAACACAGUCGAGGAGUUUGAUCAAAUUGGGCUGUCGUAUUUCAGGCGUAAGUUCCCGGGGCUUCAUGUUCGUCCAAUCGGCCCACUUGUUUUGCGAUUAAAGACCCGGGAUCGUAUUGGGAACACAACAGGAGUAAUCACAAGAGAAACCAUUCUAAAAUGGCUGGAUUCGAAGCCAUCGAACUCUGUUUUGUACGUUUCGUUUGGGUCGAUGAACACGAUUUCGUCGUCGCAGAUGAUGCAAUUAGCGAAAGCACUAGAAGCCAGCCAGAAGAACUUCAUCUGGGUAGUACGACCACCGAUCGAGGUGGACAUAAACUCAGAAUUCAAUGGGAAGGAAUGGCUGCCGGAAGGGUUCGAAGAGCGAAACAGAGCAACAGGAAGGGGGUUAGUGGUACAGAACUGGGCACCCCAAGUGGAAAUUCUAUCGCACAGAGCAGUAUCGGCAUUUCUAUCGCACUGUGGAUGGAACUCGGUGAUGGAAUCACUAGGGCAUGGAGUGCCGUUGAUGGGGUGGCCACUGGCCGGAGAGCAGUUCUUCAACGCGAAAUAUCUAGAGGAGGAAAUGGGGGUGUGUGUGGAGGUAGGGAGAGGAAAGAAAAGCGAAGUGAAUAGUGAAGAUGUAGUGAAGAAGAUGGAAGAGGUGAUGGAAGAGAAGAAGGAGAUAAUGAGGAGAAAUGUAGAGAAAGUUAAAGAGACAAUGGAGAAGGCAUGGGAACAAAGGGAAAGCUUCAAUGGAUCUUCUGCUAAAUCAUUCCAUGAUUUUCUGAGUGAUGCACAGCAAAAUCAUCAACAAACAAGUGAUGCAAAAGAGUGGAGGGAGAUGGAAAGAUAGUUUUAUUUUCAAAUAUAGCAAAUUUAAUGUAUUAAAUAUAAUCUAGUUAUAUUUUAUAAAUAUUUUAUCGGUUUGCAAUUUAUAAUAAUUAUAUUUAUUAUAUAGA